ACCAUGCAACGCUUAAGGACAACAUUUACGCGUUCGCGUACUCCAACUGGUGCCGAAAUGAAAACUCAAAACAGUCUGGAAGUGCCCAAACAGGUCCGCUCGGCCUCGUUCGAUGAAAUGCAACUGGAGUCACAACGAAUGUCCUCGCACUUCCUCAAACAACAAUCCUCUUCAGAUGAACGUUCCUCCGAUGGCGGCUUUCUCCAGGUACCACAGGUCAUGCAUGCCCAACGGUCACAUUCCUUCGAUUCAGCGGCCGCCUCAGCGGGCAGUGAUGAUUCGGGUACCUUUCUCGAAGUACCACGUCGUGGUAAAAAUAGACGUAGUUCCUCAUCAAAGACUCCACCACCCUGUAUCCACUGUUUCUAUCUCGAGGAAUAUGAAAAGCAAAUGCGGGCCCAGCAACGCUAUCUGCUCGAUCAUCAUGAAAUGAAAAGCUAUAGCAUGACUAGUUCCGAGCUCAGUGAUGACAAUGAAGAUGAAACUGCCGAAAUCGAUGAAGAUCUUGUCGAGGAGGAGGAGGAAGAAGAGGAGGGUGGACAGGCCACCGAUCGUGAUGGCCUGUUGGGUGAUGAAGGUGAUGCCACCGAUGACGAUUUGUUAAAUGCCUGCCCCGACGAUGACAAAAACAGUGUCGAGACGCUGGAUGUGUACGACGAUGCGGCCCUCGAAAUGGAUAUACGUCUGGGCGGUAUGGUCACAAGUAGUAUAGAUGAGACACGUGCCCGCUUGCCGCGCCAAAUGCGCCGUCAUACCAUCGGUAGUUCGGUGACCACAUCCGAGGAUGAGGGUCUCGAAGAGUCCGAGCAUGAUUCACCACAUUUCGGUAAUACAUUAAUGCCCCCGCCACCCACGACACCCUGCGGCAUAACAUUCACGCUGUCCCCGACCAACGGUGAUUACCCGCCUUUUCCCUCCGCCUCCCCCUACUCCUUCCCCAUUGAUCCGGGUUCACCGCCGGCAUCGCCUUCAUUUGCUUUAUCGGUGUGCGGGGACAGUCAUGAUGACAUGCCGCCGCCGCCAUCGUCACCAUCUGCAGCAACGCCAUUAGCAUCACCCAGUCAAAGACCACGCCGACGUUCUAUAUCCCGCCAAGAAGCUAUAUUUGUUGAACCCACAGGUAAUUCGCUGGAAAAUGUGUCGCAAGAGGAACAACUGAAAUCCUCGGGGGAUGGAGGAGUGAACUCCUCGAUUGAUGAGAUUUCCACACUGGCCAUAUGUGGGUCACCGGCACCACCAGUCGGGGGUGUAGCAACCGCCUCUACCCCAGCCAGCAAGCAUGCCUUGGUUGUGCGUGAUAUUUAUUUAACAGUACCUGAUUUGAGACGUGAUCGUGCCGCUUCGGUAGAUUCGUGUUUUUCCAAAGUAUCAUCGGGCAAUAAAACGGAAGAGCUGCAACCGAGUGAUGGUUGUUUCCUGACCGUACCCAACAUCAAUGCAACACGUUCACGUUCGGUGGAUAUUGUGCUGCCAACGGAUGAGCAGGCACGUUACAAGGCAUUGGCAAUGGCCGGUACCACAGCGGGGAUAUAUGGUGAAGGAUUUCUGCAUGAUUUGUUGUUGAUCUAUACUUUUUGUGUGAUUUCUUCUUCGAUUGUACGUAUACCAAGUAAUACACAACUACUAUGA